AUGGAGGAACCAAGUCUGUCCAGCUCUGUUGAUGUGGACAAAGGAGUUACCAUUGCCUUUGUGGCUCUUCUGUUUCCGCUCCGAAUGGUGAUGAUUUUCCGAUGUGUCAAGUUGGUGAAGAAUCCUUAUGCGGCAAGCUCUGAAUCCACGGGACUGUCUCUGAACUGA